AUUAACAAAAUGUCUGUAAUUAAUGAUGAUAUAACAGCAACAAAUGAGUCUCGAAUGGAUAACGAAAUAAGAGAAUCGAUAUACGCUCCUUCUAGGAUGUCUGUAAUAGAGAGUCCUCAAGAUAAACAAAAUAAAAUUUUGGGUGUAGCUUAUGGUAUUGGACUGAAUAUAAACAAUGUAAUAGGAUCAGGAAUUGUUACUACACCAGGAAUUAUUUGGAAUAUGGUCAAAUCUCCUGGAACUGUAUUAUUAUUAUGGUUAAUCGGUGGUAUUGUAAGUAUGGCGGGUUCAUUAUCUUAUGUUGAACUUGGCGUUAUACAUAAGAUAAGUGGUGGAGAAACAAAAUAUUUACAAACCGCUUAUCCUAAGCCAAAAAUUUUGAUGAGUUAUCUUUUUAGUUUCAUGCAUAUUUUCGCUAUUCGACCAGGAAUUAUUAGUGCAGUUUUACAAUCAGCAGCCCAGUAUUCUUGGUUUACUAUUAAUGGACGUAGAUAUGAUGAGGGUAUUAAGCAAGAUACAACUGGAUGGAAUCUUCCUUUUUCCCCAUUUUGGUUUACAAAAAUAUUGGCAGUCGUAUAUUUGCUUAUUAUAACAAUUUAUCAUAUGAUUAAUAACAGAUGGGCUAAUUAUAUAAAUCAAUCCCUAGCUGUCAUAAAAUUGAUUACAUAUUCGAUUAUCGCUUUAGCCGGAAUUUAUAGAUUAGCAUCGAAUUGGUCUGUAAGUCGGUUUAAUUGGGAACAUCCAAUAAAUGGUGAUACGAAUAUUUCAGCUUAUUCUUCUUCCAUUUUAUUAAUUAUGUUUAGUUAUGAUGGAUGGAAUACUUUGAAUUACUCGCUAGAUGAAUUCCGAAAACCGGGAAAAAAACUUAUUUUCAGUAAUAGUAUCAGUGUCGGAAUUGUUACAUUAAUGUAUCUUCUCGUAAAUAUUGCAUUUAUUUCAGUUGUUCCACAAGAAUCUAUAUCAAAUAAUAAUAACAUAGAUGAAACUAUAGCCGCAACAUUCUUUUAUAAAUUAUUUGGUAAAUCUGUUGGAAUCGUAAGACUUUUUACCGCUCUGGUUGUACUUUCUGUAAUUGGUACCGCAGCAGCAGGAGUGUGGAGUGGAUCAAGAGUUAUUGUCGCAGCAGCAGCAUCGGAUUUUUUCCCAAAAUAUUCGAAAGAAUUAAGAACCUGGAAUCAAUAUUUUAAUACACCAAUAAAUGCUUUAUUAUUACAGUUUAUUUGGUGUUCAUUUAUUAUAUUGUUUGUUGGAAGUAGUUUUACUAUUACAAGUUUUACGUUAUUUUCAACUUUUUCAAUGUAUAGUUAUUGGAUUUUUUAUUUCGCUACUGGUAUAGGUUUAUUGGUAUGUGUUUUAUUUGAUAAUUUUUAUAUAAUCUUUUGCAAUAAUUUUUAUAUUAGCAGGUUUAUUCAUUUUAGUGUUUUCUUUUGUUGUUAAUGUUGAAUGUCCUAAAGAUAAACCAAAUUGUGAUCUAAGAGAAAAAACGGCUCAACAAUUAGCUCCGAUACUUAUUAGUUAUGGAUUUCUUUUUGUUGCUUUAACAUGUUGGUAUUCCUUUUAUUACUGGUGGGGUUCUAUAAAAGAUCAAAGAGAAGCUGCUGUUAUGAGAAUAGCGGAUGAAAAUGAAAAACCUUAUGAUUUUAAUUAAUUAAUUAAUUAAUUA